ACGCAUUCUGCUGCACCAUCCGCAAACCUUCUAAAAAGCAGGUUUCACCCCCACGCUUGUUCACGGAAGAGAGCGGCCUGCCGCGCGUUGCUACGAACGUGUGGGUGGUGGUUCCAGACUCUCCGGUCUGUUGAGGCUAUCGCGAUGAUGACCAGAUGGGUCGGCUCCUCAGUCUCGACUCCCAAGAACCACCGAGCACCGGCAUCUCCCACAGGGAGGCAACGGCACUAUGGGGCUCUCGAGCUGGCCGGCACCGGCGAGCAAGUCAACGUCAACGAUGUCGUCGAGAUUUCUCGUUCUGCUGUCAAAUCCGAGGCUAAACAACCCGGAGUGUUCCCCAAACGUCUUCGGCUGGCCCAGGUUCUGUCGAUGUGGGAAGACACCUUCACCGGCUUGUUCAAGUUUCGCGCACGGUAUCUGGUGUACGCAUCCGACCUUCCCGAAGACGCUAUUGCUCGCCUUGGCAAGGCUCGCCUCGCUUUUGAAGGGAAGGGAACUACUGGCAGCAACAGCGGCGUUAAGGUGGCUUCCGCCUCCAAUUCAAGUACUCCGUUGUCCAAGCGAGACCAGAAAGCAGACGACGAUGAAGUGUUCCUAACAAAUACCAUGGAGGACCUUGACGCGGUAUUGAUAGAUAAGCCAAUCACGCUCUGCGUGGGUAUUCGCGACGAUUCGCCCGCGGAAUGGAAAAAUAAUUUAGGGCCACGGCUCACCCAUUCAUUCGAUGCUAGUUCGGGUGAUUUUACUCCUGUGGAGCGUACGGACGCCAUAGCUAAGCGCGCGAGAAUUCGGCUCGUGGAAGCUGUCGCGCGCGCGUCACGUCGCGCCGAAGAAGUCGCUGCCGCCGACAGCGGCCAGCCUGCGAUGCAGAGCAGCGGUUGGCUGUUGCCGAAGCGAAGAACGAAAGGGCCUGCUGCAGCCAAGAGCAGCGCCGGCAAGCGUGGCAGCAUCGCAGUUGCCGCGUCUGUGGGCGACACAAUGUCGGACAGAGAAUCCAGCGACGGCGAGCCAUCACAAGGGGAAGCCCCGAAGUCCGAUGACCAGGAGUGGGAAAACGACGACCAAGAUAGCGACUACGCGAGCGACAUCAGUAACUCCACCGACAGAGGGAACCAUUCUGCACACGACCUGCCGGUGGGGAAGUCGAGCCGACGCAAUAGAUCACUCGGCCAUGAGUAUGACCAGGAUAUCGAUCCGUCCUCUGACGACAAGAUUCAGACGAGUCCUUCUUCACCUCCGCUUGGGUUAUCUGCUGUAACCCCACCCAUGCGCGAGACCCCACUGGUGCCUCAGAGGGAUGUGGGGCACCAAAGACCUCUACCGAAACGACCGCGGCGUCUAGCCAUGCCCCCCGUGGAAGGAAUGCCAGCGCUCAGUGCAAGGCGUUCUGCAGAGCCCCUCGCCUCCUCCUCCACGGCUACCUCUCCGAAGACGGGCGGCCCAGUUCAUAAUGGAGCUGGAAGCACGGGAGCAACUCCUUCCUCGCAAACUCCGUCCGUGUCGCGUUGUUCGGCGGAAACCACAUGGGAUACAGGGAGGGCAUUGGGGUCGAAGUACCGACUUUCGAUCGCGGGAACGAGAACGAAGAGACGCUCUACCAAGGCUGCAGUAGACGGUGCGGAUAAGUCGGACUGCGAUCCGCGGCAAAUUCUAGUCGGUGACGACUACCAAGCCGAUAUCCCAGCCCUAUUGUCGGCACAAGAGAGGAAGAAAGAGGCCGGACAUCCUGCUGCUGGGACAGGUGCCAAGAUGGUGUGGCGGAGUAUCCGCAACUGGGAUCCGCAAUCUCGUCAGAUGUUGUCGACGUAUCUCCACGCCGCGACGGAUGUCUUGCAGAAGAAGCAAGGCUUCCCCGGCGUGGCUGUGCACGUCCGCCUUGGAGACCGCGGCAGUGCAGCAAAGGGAGACAAGGGAGUAACCACCAGUGUAGCCAACAGCUACGCCGUGUGGGCAAUAAUGGCUGGUCGACACUCUGCCGGAGCGGUUCGCGUCGCGUGCUCGGAAAUGGCUCAGACAACCGUCCCGAUAUCUGCCGUCCAGCGGGUUCAGAGCGAAGAAGAAGCUCUGGCUGCCUUGGUCAAAGCGAGAUGCACCCUGGACGACUUUAGGCCCGCCCUAAAGGUUCUCGACCAGGCAUCCCUGGAUAGCGUAGCUCCGUGGGCGCUCUCACAGGUGAGAACUCUGGAGCAGGUUCUGGAGAAGGAGUUCAAAUGGGACAGGCGGUUGCACGGCUGGGCACGAGAAGGGAUGGACCUUGAACAAGAGGACUUCAUUGACCUCGCCAACGUUUGCAAGCAGGUCCGCGGGAAGACCCCUGCCCAGGUUCUGUCGUUCUACUACCGGUAUCUUGCUCACGCGAAACCCCUGACGGACGUCGUUUACGGCAAAGAGGCGGCGGAGGCACGGAAGCUCGAAGCCAUCCUUCCCCCUGGCGCCACCAAAUCCCCGAAAGAAGCAAGCACCGCCCAACUUCAGCCGGCCACCUGUCACACGACAGCCGACCCGCCCACAAACGGCCCUGCCAUGCACCAAAGAAGCAUCGCGACCCAAGACACUCGACGCAAGCCCAAGCUCAUUAUACAGGCAGCUCCUGGGCCACCUUUAUCGACGACCGAGAGAAUCACCGCAGAGAACAGAGGCGUGAUGCCAGAUGACCACAAACGACCUCUUGCGACGGUCGCCACUGCUGGUCUUGGUGUCCGUAUGUUUGAUUCUGCUCCCCACUACGCGCCUGCUAAUGGCCAUGUUAGCCGUGAAUACCAGCGCCAGGCCGCACGCAGGGACUCCGGGACUGCAUCCGGGAACAGUUCUGCCGACGUCGAGGUGCUCGAGGUGAAAAUUCCUCACAACACGGCACGUGGGGUUUGCCUCACUCCGGGGUCACAGUAUACUUCUGUUUCUGGCUUAGAAGCAGGACGUGAAAGACAAGUCGGCACCAAGGCACAAUCUCGCCAGAGUAGAGCAUUGACAUCCGUUGGAACGACAGGUUCGGCGCCAUACGGCUACCGCAACGUGAUGGCCGUGGCACGACAAGGGGAGCGUUUGCCACAUUCUCACGUUGCUGUUCACGUUGACGCAAAGGUCAUGCGCGAGUGCGCAGGUGGUAGCGGUAGGGGUCACAUUGCCAGUAACGGCGGUAGUAGCAGCAGCGGCAGCGGCGGCUACCCUCUUUACCGAAAGCCGAAGGAGGCGGCCGUGAACGAAGACGGCGAGUUCGGCUACAUGUAUCCUUGUUGGAGUCUGCUGGAAAGAGCAAACGCUUACAUGGAUCAGGACCAACUUGUGUACAUGAGAGGCCUCCUCAUCACAAACAUUCACAAGCCAAUGACUCGUGACCAGCUACUGGAGAGGGCCGAAAGCUGCCUCCAAGAACAGCCGGAGAUCUUCAUGGCCUUCGUCAAGGUGUUCGAUCGAAUCAAUCACCCGUACACCGAUCCUCCUCCGGUGCCGCUGUACUCUGGCACCAAGCGGCCCACCCCCGACACCCCCGCCGAGCCAAGGUCGGUGUUGAGGACGUCUUUCACCGGACGGGUUCUGCCAACCGCAGGCCAUAUAGAAUCCCGCGCACGUGCGUCGUACUCCUCCUACACUCAACAACACGCCGUAGUUCCCACCUACGCGGCACCCCCCGGUGCAGCAGUAGGUGGGGGCGGUGAUCGCCAUGGCAACGGCCAGGGCCGAGGGGGCGGGGGGGGCGGCGUUCAUUCGGAAACGGCGUACGACCCUUAUCCCCGCGUGGCAGCGGAUGGCGCGUCAUAUGCCCGCCGUCGCUGGGCCGUUCCGGCCACUCCGGGCAGCGGUAUCGCGGGCUGGCGCCACGGUGCGAGUGAACGACCCUCGACUUACGUGAGUGGAGACGCCGGGCCUCCCCCUCCCUCGUACUCGGCUGGCCCAACUGGGAGGCCUGUGAUGAUGUACGAUGGGCGUGACGUGGGGUUCGAUGUCGGCGGAGAGCUAAUGAGAGCUUGGCCACAGAAUAAUCAGCAGCACCCUCCGAAUAGAUGGCCAACGGGUGGUGGUGCUUCUUCUUUUGCCAUACCUGCCAGAAUAACUGAAGCCCGGAAAUCUAGAUCCAGGGUGCCUGGAUGGGUGGAGAACGGAAGGUAAAGGAACUGUCGAGAGGGCGUCAAAGGAAUUUGAUUCGGCGGUUAAGCCUGUCGUACACUGGAACUGACAGACUUGUUUCUUUUGGUCUGUCGUACGUUGGAAGUGAACCGGACACACAUAACGCUGUUUUCAUGAUUGUGCCAAUCAAUGCAUUCAUCGUACUGGUACGCCUAGGUCCAGACUAAUGGUCGUAUGUAAAUGGGUUUCUGAGCGGAGCGCGUGUGUAACCUUCUCACUGUCAUCGGUGAAAGGAGCGCUCGAUGGAUGUGCUGUGGCGUGACAUGACGUGCUGGUUGCCGUCGAACUUUUCGUGUUCGAGUUUGCCAAGCUAGGUAGAACAUGCUGCCUGUGUGUGUUUGGCGUGUUUUUCGACUAGUCCAACCCUUGACCGAUCGCGUCUCAAUAGCCAUGUCGGCCCACAGCACAUCCGUCGAGGGCCCACGUGUGUGGAUAUCGAAGAUCAUAAAGCUGGUGUAUCCGACCCCAUUGAAGGUGUAUUUAGUGGUUGUUGAUGUACAUUCGGGUGUUCGUCUACAGUACUUGUCGCACUUUCGCGUCACGCAUGUUUUUAUGUGUUGUCACCGAUAGACGGCGAGUAUGAUUUGUGUCCCUGAUGUAUGUUGUGUGCCCCGUCGCAGCGUAGACUUUCAUCGGCGACCUGCGGGGGUUGGUUGGGUAGCCAUCACAAGCUAUUUGUCACUUCUCGCAUUUUGAUGUAGACAGGGGGUAGCCUGAUGCUUGGUUGGUUUCUGUAGUACCGCUUUGUUGGGCGCAGGAGGAGCUUGCACAUGGCGUUGUUUCAGCAAUGCACGUACGUUUAUGGUUCUCUCAGCUGUACACGUUAGCCAAACCAAAAUGGCACUUGUGUGGGCGACCCGUUUGGCGAGGCCGAGGUCCUCCAAAAUCAACCAUUCUAUUCCAAUUUUAUUCUGUUCUAUCUUUUGAUUCUAGGAAGGUGCUAAGUGCUCCCCUUCACGAGGUCGUUGGCUUGUGUCCAAGGAAAGAAUAAGACCUGGGCGGAUAGAAGAAUGAACUGAGUGGAGACCGGAACGAAAGUCAAGUUUUCGAAACGAAUUUAUGAAUGAACGUCAUACACCUUGCAUUGUUGGGUCUUCCCAGCAAUCAAGCGUGGGCACGUGCUCUCUGUAUAUUGUUCACGUCGAAAGCGGAAGAAGACAUGGCUCGUCACGCAGAAUGGCCAGCCCCCGAGGUGUUUUUGCGAGGAACCAACAUUUCUGGCAAAGCGUUCUACCAGAGUGUAUAUUCCCUCUGCACCAGUAGCGAGUGUUUCUUGACAGCGGAGGAACUUCUAUUACCGGGAGACGUUUGACGAUGCCAAAGGUUCACAUGAAGUGCACCUGUGUUGCCAGCGUCGGCAAACUUUCACUACAGCUGUGUCAUUCCCUAGCCACGGUUUCAAGUGUUCAAGACAAGAUCAAUUUGAAGCUCGAGCAUAUGGUGUGCAGAAAUUCGCCUAGAGGGAUGUAUCGAGAAAGGAGUAAGACGAUUCGUGCAUUGCACCCUAGACAGAAGGAGGUACUGGAUAGAGAGACCGGGAUGGUUUUUAAUGUGAAGACAACAACAACAACAACCCUAUCAAGAGUCCGCUCCGGAUUGUAUGGACAGCACUUCAGACAGCAUUAUGCUGUAGUCGGCAAUCUUCCGUUUUGGUAUAGAGUGGGACAGGGAGGGGGUGAUGCUACUGUAGUCGAACGGUGGGACGGACGGGCAGUUCAGUUUUUGGGCACGCAUACGGUGCUGCAGGGGUUUUUAGGUGUACCUCUUCGGGCUCUUGGAUACCUUUUUCUCGUUGUUACAUGUGUGCGCGUUCUUAAGAUCCU